AUGAAUUGCAGCCUCAAUUUCGGUGGGGAGAAGCAAAGGCGACUAGAGCUCGCGGACUUCGCUUUGUUCACUGCACUCUGGUGGCCAGAAGCUCCGCUGGCACAGCUUGAGGUUCUUGCCUACCUCGCUAUCUGGCUUUUCACAUGGGACGAUGAGAUCGACGAGCCGAGUGGAUCGUACGCCGAAGACAUUUCCGGCGCUCAAGCUUACAGAGACAGCACCCUACAUUUCAUAGUCCAGAGCUUCGAUGUGAUCGGCUCGGCACUGCGCGCCUCAUAUGAUGCAAACCAGUGCCAGCGGUUCUACGAUGAGAUUUCCCGAUUCAUGACUGCAUCACGGUUGGAGCAAGAUACCCGGAUGAGAGGUGAUGUGCCCACCUUGAACGAGUAUUGGAACUUUCGUCUUGGCACCAGUGCAGUCUAUAUCGGCACUGCUCCUGCAGUGUACUCCUUGUCCCUCCGCCUACCGUCAGACCUCAUGCAGAGUGAGCCUAUGCAGGCUCUAUGGAGAGAGACGAACGUCACCAUCUCGAUCACCAAUGAUCUGGUCUCUCUGAGAAAGGAAAUCAAAAGCGGCUGCAUUGACAGUAUGGUUCCACUGCUCUUCGCUUCGCUGGGUGACAUCGAGAAAGCCGUCUCUGAGUCAGUCACAUGUCUGCGAACUGCAAAGCUACAAUUUGACCAAGCGGCACAUCUCUUGUUGUUCCGGGACCAGGGCAAGAAAGGAUGCCUACAUGAGUUGGAGACAUUCAUCUAG